GAGAGCCCCGCUCCUCCCCCCCCAUGGAGAGAAAGCAGCAGGGCUUCUUCUCCGCCCUCAGGGACGAGGUGGUCCGCGGCCUCUCCCCCUCCCGCCGCCGCCCCGCCUCCCCCGUCUCCUCCGGCCUCCUCCGCCGCGGCCGCCGGGCCCGGGCGGCGGCGGCUGUGCCGGCGACGCCCGAGAUGGCGAUCGUCCCGAGAUCCGGGAGCCUGGCGCCGCUGAUGGAGGGCCCGGACCCGGGGGGCGACCCGAGGAGGAGGGGCGGGAGCGGGUCGGGCCUGGGGCAUUGGGUGAAGGGCCAGCUCGGGAGGGCUCAAUCGUCGGCGACCUCCUCCUCCGCCGCCGCCUCGUCGGCGUCGUCGGCGUCGUCGGGGAAGAGGUGCGACGUGAGGAUGCUGAUUGGGGUGAUGGGCGCACCUCUCGCCCCGGUGCACGUUAGUAUCCUCGACCCUCUGCCCCACCUCAGUGUCAAGGACACUCCUAUCGAAACGUCAUCUUCUCAAUACAUACUGCAGCAGUACACAGCUGCAUCGGGCGGUCUAAAGCUCCAGAACUCCAUCCGAAAUGCCUACGCAUUAGGAAAGUUGAAGAUGGUGAGCUCGGAGUUUGAAAGUGCAAUGAAGGCGAUGAAAAACCGGAGUUCUGCACAUACAGGCGGUUUCGUGCUCUGGCAGAUGAACCCCGAUAUGUGGUAUGUGGAACUCGCAGUUGGUGGAAGUAAGGUCCAUGCUGGCUGUAAUGGGCAACUUGUUUGGAGGCACACUCCCUGGCUAGGCGCUCACACUGCAAAGGGUCCCGUAAGACCCCUGCGCCGUGCCCUCCAGGGUCUUGACCCAAGAACCACAGCGAGUCUGUUUUCUGAUGCAAGGUGCAUUGGCGAGAAGAAGCUUAAUGGUGAGGACUGUUUCAUCCUGAAGCUAUGCACUGACGCUCUGACAUUGAAGGCGAGGAGCGAGGGGCCUGCGGAGAUCAUAAGACAUGUUCUGUUUGGCUAUUUCAGCCAGAAAACGGGACUCCUUGUCCGAAUCGAGGAUUCCCAUCUUACUCGUAUCCAAACGAAUGGUGGAGACGCUGUGUACUGGGAAACCACCAUCACUUCAUCCCUUGAUGACUACAGGUCCGUCGAAGGAAUCAUGAUUGCACACUCAGGACGGUCGGUAGUGACCGUUUUCAGGUUUGGGGAGAUGGCGAUGAGCCAUACAAAAACUAGGAUGGAGGAAACUUGGACAAUUGAGGAGGUUGCAUUUAACGUCCCAGGCCUAUCAAUGGACUGCUUCAUCCCUCCUGCAGAUUUGAGAUCUGGUUCCGUCGGUGAAUCAUGUGAACUCACACAGGACAGUGGAGGCAAAAGUGUGAUCCCACAGGCAUCACAUAGAGCAAGAGUAGCUGCUCUAGAGAAAGCGCACGACAGCAACGUCGAUAGUGUGAUCUGGAAGAUGGAAGUAUGAGAAUGAGUAGGACUGAAUUAGGGCAAACUGUUCAUACUCUGAGUUGCUAACCACAAAAGACUCAUAAGGUAGGGAUUGAUUCAGACGGUUGCAUAUGCAUCUAUCAAUCUGUAAAUAUAGGACAAUCAGUUGCAGGUCAAAUUCGGUGCCAGAUGAACCUCUUUUUCCCUCAAUGGAGAAUGCAACUGGGUGUUGGAGCUCUGCAUUCCCGUUAGGAAUUGAGCCAAUGGAGGCCGUUUCUUUGGGUUCGCCUAACAUUACCGGAUGUCGGGUUUUGAUUAGAUGAAGCUUUUGUAAAGCUGAACCAUUUGACAUUUUAUUAGUCUGACUAAUUGCAUGGCUUACAUGAGGGGCAGCAGUGAUGUUAAGGAAACUGCUCUGCCUGGCGAGUUUGAUCAUGAUGUUAACUUCUUCCUCCAUCUUUUUCCUCUUUAUGAACGUUGUCGAUGAUUCAAUUGUAAAAGCUCUUUUGGUAAUUUGAAGGGGGUCUUCUUAUUC